AUGUCUCGCUCCCCCACGAAAAGAAUCCUCAGCGAACUAACCACCUACAACAACAACCCUCCCUCCCCCAGCCAAACCGGCAUCGUCGCCCUCGCACCCUCACCCUCCUCCCUUCUAACCCUCUCCGCCAUCCUUCAAUGUCCCACCUCCUCCCCCCCCUCCCUAGGCUACCUCACCGGCCGCUGGCUCCUCUCCAUCUCGCUCCCCUCUAACUAUCCCAUCGGCGCCCCCAAAAUUAAAUUCGUUACCAAAAUCUGUCAUCCGAAUGUUAAAUGGGAAACGGGAGAAAUCUGUCUCGAUGUUCUGGCGGAUAAAUGGACGCCGGUUUUGGGGGUUGUAGGGGCCUUGGAAUGUGUGGGUGCGCUUGUGGCGGGGGGUGGGGAUGAGACGAGUCCGUUGAAUGUGGAGAUUGCGAGGUUGAAGGGGAUGGGAGAUACAGUUGGGGCGAGGGCGUUGGUGGGUUGGUGGUGUGCGGAGGAGAGGUUUGAGGGGGUUUUGGAGGAUGCUUAG